CCGGGACUGCCGCCGAAUGACGAGCGGAAAGCCGGUGUGCGGGAGCGCAGCCGGGCUCCCCGUCGCUCUGCCGCAGGAGCCGGGAGAGGAGGAUGCGAGCAUCUGAGAAGCAAGUUCGCCCAUGAGCUUACUGGGAAGCUACCGGAAAAAGCCGGGCAGUGACGGCUAUGAAUCUUUGCAGUUGGUGGACAGCAGCCUUGACGGCGGUGGGGGAAAACCCGGCAUCAACGCGGCGGUGGGUGGUCGGAGCCCGGCGCGGCACCAGCAGCACCAGUAUCACCAGUAUCAGCAGCAGCAGCAGCCCCGCGCCGAGGGCGGCAGCACCAUGGACAGCUCAGGUGCCUCGUCACCAGACAUGGAGUCCAGCUAUGGGGGAGGAUUGCUAGAUAUGGUGAAAGGAGGAGCAGGGAGACUCUUCAGCAAUUUGAAGGAUAACCUGAAGGAUACCCUGAAGGAUACAUCUUCAAAGGUCAUGCAAUCUGUUGCCAGUUACACCAAGGGGGAGCUAGAUAUUUCAUACAUUACCUCAAGAAUCAUAGUGAUGUCUUUUCCGGCUGAAGGCGUUGAGCUGGGAUUCAGGAACCACAUUGAAGAUGUACGGACGUUUUUGGAUUCCAGACAUCCUGACCACUACACAGUCUUCAACUUGUCACCCAAGUAUUAUCGCAGUGCCAAGUUUCACAACCGGGUAUCCGAAUGUAGCUGGCCAGUACGACAAGCGCCCAGUCUGCACAACCUCUAUGCCGUCUGUAAGAACAUGCACAACUGGCUACAGCAGAACCCCAAAAAUGUGUGUGUCAUCCACUGCAUGGAUGGCCGUGCAGCCUCAGCAGUUCUGGUCAGUGCGAUGUUCUGUUUCUGUCACCUCUUCUCUAAUCCAGGCCCUGCUAUGCAGUUGCUGAACACGAAGAGACCUGGAAUUGUACUGUGGCCAUCUCACAGGAGAUACAUAGGAUACAUUUGUGAUCUAAUAGCAGACAAGCCCGUCAUUCCUCACUGCAAACCACUUACUAUCAAGUCAGUCACCCUCAGUCCAGUCCCCUGUUUCAACAAGCAACGAAAUGGCUGCCGGCCCUUCUGCGACAUUCUCAGCGGAGAAACCAGAAUCCUUACAACUUCCCAGGAGUAUGAAAGAAUGAAAGAAUACCGUGUGCAAGAAGGGAAAGUCCUAAUUCCACUGGGAGCCACUGUCCACGGAGAUGUUGUUGUUUCUGUCUACCAUAUGAGAUCAACCAUUGGGGGACGCCUUCAGGCAAAAAUGACCAACACACAAAUAUUCCAAAUUCAAUUUCAUACUGGAUUCAUAGCCCUGGGAACAACCACACUAAAAUUCACCAAGCCUGAACUGGAUGCCUGUGACUCUCCAGACAAAUAUCCUCAGCUCUUUCAUGUUAUACUGGACAUAGAAAUACAGUCUACUGAUAGACAAACCGAAUUAACUCCCCCGUGGGAGAACUUCACAACAAAAGAUAUCAAUCCAACCAUUCUCUUCUCCUCUCAUCAGGAGCAUCAGGACACUCUUGCUUUGGCAGGUAGAGGUCCCACUGACUCACCCCAGGAUAACAUAAGAAAUGUUGGACAGAGUGCAUUCUUCUCAUCUCUCAGCUGGCAAGAUCAGAAAUCUGACAAAAGUAGCUCUCACCCCACCUCAGAGGAUCGAGCAGCGUUGGUGCAUGAGGAAAGCGAACAGUCAGAUGACGAACUCUUGUCCCUUUCCAGUCAGCACAGUAAUGCCAGCGGUGACAAGCCUCACGGGACACCAAAACACAGCAAAAAGCAGCAAGAGCCUCCGGCACCACCUCCGCCUGAAGACGUGGACCUGCUGGGCCUGGACGGUAGCCCUAUGAGCAAGAGUUUUCCCUCGCAGCCCACUGCUGCUCCCUCUAACUCAGACUUGCUGAAUGAUUUGUUUGGGGUUGGCGGGCCAAGUUCCCAGAGUCAAAGCGGACAGCCCGCCGCUGAGGAGGUCUUCCAUGUGGGGGGACCUGGAUCCGUGCAGUCAACUCCUCGGCGUUCCGCAGCUUCGGCAUCCCCAUCCCCGUCCCCAAGGGUAGGAGAAGCCACUGCCUUUGAUCCAUUUGGAAGUAGCCCUAAGCAAACUGGUCCAGACCUCCUGGGUUCCUUUCUUGGUUCAUCAGCUGUCCCUGGUGAUCCUUUCCUUCAAGCAACAAGAAGUCCUUCACCAACUGUGCACAGCGAUCCCUUUCACAUGGCUUCUAGCACACCAACGGUUUCCAUACAACCAGAUGUUUCCGGUGGUUGGGACUGGGCCAACAAACCAGGUGGCCUAGGUGUGGGAAGUAAGUCAGCUGCCACCAGUCCUACAGGAUCCCUCCAUAGCACUCCCACUCAUCAGGCUAAACCCCAAACACUGGAUCCAUUUGCUGAUCUGGGGACUCUUGGAGCAAGUUUAGCAGGUGGCCCUUCGUUUGCCAGUAAACCGACCACACCGACAGGCAUGGGUGGAGGAUUCCCCCCCUCGCCGCAGAAACCCUCUCCCCAGCCCAUGGGCGGCAGCGGUUGGCAGCAAGGAGCUGGCUAUGGCUGGCAGCAGGCACAACCCAAAGCCCAGCCAAGCAUGCCUCACGCAUCUCCCCAGAACAAGCCCAAUUACAACGUGAGUUUCUCAGCGAUGCCGGGAGCACAAAACGAACGUGGAAAAGGACCAGCUAACGUUGAUUCAAAACCAAAAGUGUCUGCAGAUUUUGAAGACCUAUUAUCUGGUCAAGGUUUUAAUGCUCACAAGGACAAGAAGGGCCCCAAAACAAUAGCUGAGAUGAGAAAAGAAGAAAUGGCUAAGGAGAUGGACCCUGAAAAACUAAAAGUCCUGGAAUGGAUUGAAGGGAAAGAGAGAAAUAUAAGAGCCCUGCUGUCCACAAUGCAUACAGUCUUAUGGGCAGGGGAGACCAAGUGGAAACCUGUUAGUAUGGCAGAUCUUGUCACACCAGAGCAAGUGAAGAAGGUCUACCGGCGGGCAGUGCUUGUCGUUCAUCCUGACAAGGCUACUGGGCAGCCAUAUGAACAAUAUGCAAAGAUGAUAUUUAUGGAGCUAAAUGAUGCCUGGUCAGAAUUUGAAAACCAAGGACAAAAACCCUUGUAUUAGGUACUUUCUCAGUCUCCACUACAGACCUGUGCUAGUGCUUAUAUAGUCUCUUGUCACAAAUGUCACAGAUCAACCAAACUCUGGCUGGAAAUUCAGAAGUUUCAGAAAACUAAGAGCCUAAUACUUAUCAUGAAGAACAAGAGAAAGGUGUCCUUAUACUUGUAUCAAGAAUCCUGAGCUCAGAGGAACUCUAGCCACCUGGCUUGCCAUAUGAGAGCCACGGGGUUACAGUUUCUUGUAACUUUUAUAUUUUUCUUUGGAUUCCAGUGGGGUGAGAGAGAACACAUUCUGGGAAAAGGUGGAAUUGUUCUGUCUCUGACACAGUGUAGCUGGUGAAUUUCCUACUUUUUUUUGUGAUAUGUGAUAUGGCAACACUUCAGUUGAGUUCAAUAACUGGUGGUGAAGCCCAAACUUUGAUGUGCUUUCUUCCUAGGUUUGGAUCAAACUUUAUCAAAUUUAAGUGCUCAGAUGUGGUUUAGGCACACUUCUAACAGUCACCAUUUGCUGCUUAAUUGCUCAUAUAGUAUAGUAUGCCUGAAUAGAGACAAAGCUGAAUCCUGGGUUAGAUCAGUGUGGCAGCUGAACUGCUGCUUUACGCAUUAAUACUGUACUUCACCUCACAGUCCAGCAGUGAAAUGUGUAGAAGAAAUUCCUCAGCAUUAUGGAGCAAGUGUCUUUUAAAGCAAGCAACAAGUAAUUGAUGUUAAACAGCACUUUGUUGGUUUGUUAAACAGCAGUUCUGGGGGAAUAGGGUUCUUUGGGGGAUAGGGAAUUGGGGGGAAUUGUGAAUCCACGUUUGUAAAUGUGAGGAAUGAGCAUGUACUGCAUUUCCCAUGAAGUUCUCAUCAGUAGCUUGAAACCAUCAAACAAAAGAAAUAUCAACAAACUAAAACUCUGCUGCAAAGUUUUAGAAACUUCCUAGUCUAUAGGUCACACUUCCCCUCCUGAGGAUUCAGAAGACUUUUUCCAGCCCCCUUGUAUCACCUCUAUGCCUUUAUCAGCUCCAGAGCACUUGGCAAAGGCUCUUGGCAGAAUGCAACCUGUUGCAACUUCACUUUUCAGAUCAUGGUGUGCAAGCUGUCAUGCAGACAUCUGUGGACCAGGUCUGAUUUUUUGAGGUAAAUACAAUGCAAAUUGAUUAUCUUAAAAGUUUAUAUUGGACCAAAGCAAUAAUAUUACAAGGAAAUAUCUCUGAUGCUAAAGCUGAAGCAUCUUUCCUAGUUAAAAAAGAAGUUAUACUCUUCACCCCAAAUUCUGGCAUUCUCCUUUUGUAGAAUAACUAAAGCUAGCAGUUUAUUUACCAACAUGUUGUAUCUGUAUUUGAGCUUUGAAAGGGCAGGUAUAUGCAGAAGAUGGGCAGGAAAUCAUUUGUAUUUACUGCUUCAGGAACAGGGUGCCAUCUGAUGUGAGUCUUUAAAGCUGGUGGUUUUUAAAGACAAUCCACUUGUUGUUGCACUUACAUUUUCAAGUGGCAAAACUUCUAUUGCAAAGACAGUGUGUCAAAGUACAUUGCUUUCUGUAUAAAAGUCAUCCUUUUGUUGUAUUGGUCCAUUAUUUACUACCAUUAAUUGAAAAUGUGAAACCAACACAUAGGCCUCCUUUUAUAUAAAGGACCUGAAGAUAAUAGUAACAAACUGGAUGUUAUUUAUUAAUGUUUUGAUCCAGUAUGUGCUUGUCUUAUUUAAACAGAUAACUGGAAUGUGAACCAUGUUCCUGUGAUUUGUUGGUUUAUUGUUUCUCAUUCACAUUUGUAGAUAUUGUGACCUAUGCCUAUAUAAUAAAAAGGAUCUCAUUACUAUAACGUACUUUUUUAAUGAUAAAAACCUCAUUAGCUUUGUACCGAGUUUGUCAUGGCACAUAACUCUGGAUACUCAUACGUUCACAAAAUACAAAUCCAUCAUUAAACUUUAUCUACCAAAAGAAACCCUACCCCACUUAAGCUUUGAUUACUUCCAUCCCUAAUGUUUUUAUGGAUGCAUGAAAGUAUUAGGACGUAUGUAUAUCAAAAUAGUUAACUUAAAAAAAAAUUCUUGUCAUAUCUGGUAGUGACAGAGGUUAUCAAUGUUCAGGUUUACUGUUUCACUAAAUUAUUGUAAUUUUUGUAAAUACAGUAUAUACUCAAUGAAAUUGUGACUGGUCUAAAACAUUUGUAUAUACAUUAAAAAGCUCAAAUUAA